AUGAAAAGUUCUUUUUGGAAUUUCAUAAAACAAAAAAAAGAUAACGAUGAUGAUACAAAACCAACGAAAGCUCAUUUAGGUGAAGAUAAUAAAUUUUAUUAUAAUAAAGAAUUAAAUAGAUGGGUUAUUAAAGGUGAAGAAGAUAAAAUUAAUGAUGAAGAAAAGUUGUCCGCACCUCCCAAAAUGAAUAAUUUACAGAAUCCUAAUUAUUGUUAUCGUUCUUUAGUUCAACAAAAGAAAACAAGAAGUGCUUUAACUAUUUAUGCUGAAACACCCGGAUUAAAAACAAUUAAAAAAAAUAAUUUAGUUCAAGGUGGGUUGAUAUCUCCAUAUAUGAAGUCUAUAGAUGAUAAUGAAACAGAAAGUAAUAUUCAGGAAGAAAAGAAAAAAGAAUCAAAUGAUUCUAAUUCAUAUUUACCUAAUAAUAAUAAUUCAGAAAAUAAGUUGGUAGAUAAAUCUAAAAUGAAUAUAGAUGAACAAAAUGAAGAAAAAAAAAAAAAAAAAGAGAAAGAGCGAAAGGAAAAAAAAGAAGAGAAAAAAGAAGAAGAAUCAAAAAUGGGUGAUAAAAAAAAAGAGAAGAAUCAAGAAUUGGUAUUAAAAGAGUUUAACGAAAAAGAUGUGUUACUAAAAAAACAGAACAUAAAGAAAAAUAUUAAUAAUGAAUUUUUAUCUGAAUAUAUGCAUAAGAAAAAUAUCAAUAAUUUAGAUAAAGAAUAUCCAGUGAUAGAUUCUGAUCAAAAUCAUUUAUAUAACAAAAAAAAUGAAAAAAAAAAUAGCUUAGAAAAUUUAAUUAAUAAUGAUACUCCGAAUGAAAUUGGUAAUAACGAAGAAGCAAUUAAUCUAAAAGAAGAAAAUAGAAGUUUUGAAAGUGUAAAUGGUAACUUGUGUGAAUUAAAAAAAAAUUCUAAAGAAAUAAGCAACAUUUCUAAUUUAAAUAUUAAAGACAAUGAGAAUAAUAUGAAUAAUAUUGAAAUUUUUAAUAAAAAUAAUAAAUGUUUAAAAGAAAAAAGUAAUGCAAGCAAUUAUAUAUAUAAUGAUGUAACUUCACCACAAAAAAAUAUAUCAAAAAAUAGCAUUGAUCACGCAGAUCAUGAAGAAAGCAAAAAUACUAUUUCGAAUUUUAGCAAUCAACAUGAUACAAAUACAGAAGAUAAUGAAAUAUCAUCAAAAAUUACACAUAUAGAUAAAAUAGAAAUUAAGGAAAAAAAAGAAAAUAUGCAUUUUAAUAUAAAUCAGAAAGAGAUAGUGGAUAAAAAUAGAAGCAUAGAAAUAAUUAAUGAAGAUAAUUUAGUAAAAAAUGAUUUAAAUGCAAUUAAUAAUAGUGAAGAUAUUAAAAAUAAUUUUUCUCUUUAUAAUGAGGAAAAUAUGAAUAACAUUAAAAAAGAAAAAGAGUUAAUUAAUUAUUUUAUUAUUAAGUUAAGAGAGAGUUUAAAUAUGGGGGAUAACUUUAGUAGCCUUAUAAAAUCAGAGAUAGAAAAAAUUAAUUUGUUUUUCACAGAAAAAAGAGAUUCUUUAGAAAUCCUAUAUAAUAAAUUAAAUGAAUUAAAAAAUGAAGAGGAAGAAAAUAAUAUAUAUAUAAAAGACAAAAUGGACAUACAUGAAAAUGAGCUUAACAACAUUUUAUAUGUUAUAAAUAUUAAAAACAAAAAAAUUAAAAAUGAAAUAGAAGGGUUCAUUAAUUCAUUCAACAAUUUGAAAAAAUUAAAAAUUAAAAAUGAGGAAAUUAUUUCUAUUUAUAAAAGUAGAGAAAGUAAAUUCUUAGAAGCCAUAAAAGAAUUAGAAGAAAAGCAAAUAAAAAAAAAUAACAUAUUUAAAAAUAAGGAAAAGCAGUAUAAAGAACUAAUUUUAAAAAAAGAAAAAUGUUUAAAAAUGGAAAAAAUGAAUAAUCAGAAAAAUUUAGAAAAUUUAAAAAAACAAGAAAUAUUAUUAAAAGAGGAAUUAAAAAAAAUUGAAUUAGAAACGAAAAAAGAAAUUUCUAUUUUAAAAGAAGAAUUUGAAAAAAAAAAAAAAAAAGAAAUUGAAAAUUUAGAAAAACAAAAAUGUGAAAUUAUGAAAAAUACCUUAGAAAAAGAAAUAAAUAAGGUUAAGGAAGAAUUUAAAACGAAAUAUGAAGAGGAAAAAAAAGAAGAAAUAGCAAAAGUAAAAGAAUCAGUUCAAAAUAAUUUUAACUCAAAGUUAGAAAAAUACAAAGAAAAAAUAGAAAAAAGCAAAAAUGAAUUUAUAAAUAAUUUAAUUAUUGAAAAAAAUAAUGAAUUAGAAACAUUAAAAUUUAAUAUGGAACAAAUAAAAAAUGAAGAAAUUUUAAGAUUAAAAGAGGAAAGUAAUAAAAUCAUAAAUGAAAAUAUAGAACAAAUUACAAGAAAUAUACGUGAAGAAGAAAGUAAAAAAAUUGAGAGCAUAAAAGAGGAAUAUGAAUUAAAUAAAAAUAAAGAAAUUGAAUCAUUGAUGAAUGAAUUAAAUUUAAAAAAUGAAGAUUUAAAAAAUAUGGAGAAAAAACUAAUAAAUGAUAAGAAUAGAGAUAUUGAAAAUGUUAAGAAACAAUUGGAAAGUAAUUAUAAUGAAGAAAUAAAUAAAUUGAAAGAAGAAUUAAAUAAUAAUUACGAGAUUAAAAUACAGCAGAUUAUUGAUGAAAAAGAAAAAGAUAAUUAUGAAAAAUUAAAAGAUGAAGAAAAAAGAUUAAUUCUUAUAUAUGAGGAAAAGUUAAUUUUGCAAAAAAAUGAACUAGAAAGAAUGUUAAAUGAGCAAAAACAAGAAUUAAGAGAAAAUAUAGAACUAGAGAAAAGUAAAGAAAUAAAAAUUCUAAAUGAUAAAAUUGAUAAAUUAGAUAUUGAAACAAAACUAUUAAUUAAGCAAAAAAAAGAAUUGGAAAUAAAUCUAUCAUUAUUAAAUGAAGAAAAAAUAAAUAUUUUAAAUAGAAAUAAGAAUUUAGAAGAUAAUUUGAAAAAUAAUGAUGAUAUAUAUAAAAAAAAUAUAAUAAUAUUAAAUGAGAAGAAUUCAAAAUUAGAGAAAGAAAUGGAAAAAAUCAUAGAAGAACAUUCAAAAGAGUCAGAAGAAAUUAGAGAAAAAUUUGCAGAGAUAUUAGAAGAAGAAAUUGAAAGAAUAAGAAAUGAAUCAGAAAAGAAGGUUGAUAAUUAUAUUAAAUUAUAUGAGCAAAUAAAUGAAGAGUAUAAAGUUAGAAAAAAGGAAUAUGAUGAUUUAUUAGAAAAAGCAAAUUCAAAUAACAAGGAUUUAACAAAAAAAUAUGAAGAAAAUAUACAAAAAAUAGGUGAAUAUGAAGAUAUGAUUAAGAUACUUGAAAAUCAAACGGAAGAAAUUGUUGAAAAAAGAAUAAAAGAAUUGAAUGAAGAAUUUGAUAGGAAGAAAGAAGAUUUUGAUAACGAAAAAAAAGAUUUAUUAAAAAAUUAUGAAAAUUUAUUAGAGAAUAAUGAAAAAAUAAAAAAGCAAUUAGAAAAUCAAUCUAGUUUAUCAACAAAAGAAAAUGAGGAAAAAAUGAUGCAAAUAAAAAAAAAUUAUGAAAUUAGAGAAAAGGAGAUGAAAGAAGAUUAUGAAAAAUUAAUGAACGAUUUUAAUGAACUUAAAAAUAAAAAUAAAGAAUUAUUAGAAAGUUUAAAUAAGGAAAAGGAGCUAAAUGAACGCUUUGAAAACUUAAAUGUGAAUGAUGAAUUUGAUAAUAAAGAAUUGAGUGAUGAAAACAAAAGAUUGAGUAAUGAAAACAAAGAAUUGAGUGAUGAAAACAAAAAAUUGAAUGAAAAUAUUACCCAUAUUAAAGAUGAGAUACUUGUCUUGCAGAAUAAAUAUGAUGAACUUAUCAAUGAAAAUGAGUAUUUAAAAAAUGAUGAACAAAAAAAAUUAUUAGACAAAUUAAAAAACCUCGAAAAUAUAAAUAAAAAUUUAAUGGAUGUAACUGAAAAAGAAAGAGAAUUAAAUUUAAAAAAUGUAAAUAUUAUUAAACGUUUACAAGCACAAAUAAAUGAACAAACAAAAUUAUAUAAAGAAUAUGUUGAUGAAUUAAAAGAUGAAAUUGCAAAUUUAAAAGAUUUAGAAAAUUCAAAUUCAAAUUCAAGUAAUUUAAAGUUAAUAGAAGAAAAUAAAAAGUUAAAGUUACAAAAUGAAAUUAUAACUACAAAAAAUGACACUAUAUCAACUGUUUUAGAUAAUUUAACAAAAAGAUUAAGUUUUAUAGAAACAAAAAUUAAAGACAAAGAUUAUGGGAAGGAAGUUAUAAAACAAGCAAAUGAUUUACAACUACAAGAGUUUAAAUAA